AAAAGCAGCUCAAUUUCUGAACCAUAAGUUAUUUGUAUAACAAACAAGCAUCAUAUAAUAUUAAAAAAAACAUGACCUCCUACAAAAUAUUCACUAUUUUAGUGGUCUCUUUACUUAUGUCAGCACAAUUGGCAUUAGCCAAACCUGCAGCCACCCAAGCAGAUCACUUCAAGGACUACGAUUUGUGCAAACUUAAAUCAAUCCAUGCAGAAAUGGCACCUUCGGAAAACGACAGCGAUCUACCACCCACCUUGCAAUUGAUGAAAAUGAUUGCGUACGACUUGCAGGAUAUAUCCUUGAGCUUCAUUAAAAAGGCUAAAGAUAUCAGCGAUCAAUUGCUUAAAGAAUCGGUGCUAAACACAAAUCAAUCACCUGAAAUGAAAAAAUUUAAACAGGAUGUUGAAGAGUUCAAUAAUAAAUAUUCCAAAUGCAGUGAUGUGGACGAAUUGUACGAUUUAGUGCAAUUGUUCUCGAAUGCUACGAGUGAAUAUUAUGAAAAGGAGACCAAUGGCACCUUAACAGCUGAUACGAAAAUCAUUUUAGAUGUUUUAAAGAAACAUUCGACCAAAGAAAUGGAGGAUGAGAUGGAAAAGAAAUAUAUUAACUCAUUAGUGGUUAGUUUCGGUGAAAAAUUGGAUGAACUUAAGGAGAAGUUGAAGACGGAGGAAGGUGAAUUGGGUGAGAAGAUUUUACAAUGGUGGGAUAAGGUGAAGGCAUUAAAAACGCCCGAAGAAAAAGUUGCGGCAUUUAAGGAAUAUAUGACAUUAUAUGGCUAUGAGGAAGACUAAAACGGUUAACUUUUUAUUAAAUAAAAUUACAAUACAAUAAGAAUUAGAAAUUAGUUGUUGAAAAUUUAAUACAAAUAUAGUUUGUGUGAUUAACAAAAUGGGUAUUGUUCACAAAAUUAAACAUAAAAUUUUUUAAAACAA